UGUACAUUUCAACGGCGAAUUCUCAACUUCCUGCACAUUAGAGAAAACAUGAUGCUUCUCAGAAAAAAUCCUUCCAGAGAACUGAUGAGAAAAGAAAUGAUUUCCUGUCCAGUAACCGGUAGGGGAAUGAGGUAACUGAUCCUGGGCUUACUACUCCAAGAGUGGUGAUUAUUGCUCAGCUGAACCAGGAGAGCAGCAGCAAGUAUUCGAGUCAGAAAGGCAUCAUUGCCUAUCUUUCGUACUGAACAGAUGUCCAUGAAGUUCCAGCCCUUCAUUGCCUUGCUUACCUUCCUUUUCCUUCAAUUGCCUCUUCAUAAAUUUCCUCAGGUUUUGGCGGACCUGAAUUCUGACAGGCAAGCUCUCCUUGACUUUGCUGCUGCUGUCCCACAUGCCAGAAAACUGAACUGGAAUGCAACUGCCCCAGUUUGCACGUCUUGGGUUGGCGUAACUUGUGAUUUGAAUAGAACCCGCGUGAUUGCCAUCCGUCUACCAGGUAUAGGACUUUCAGGCCCCAUUCCGGUUAAUACCAUAGGAAAGCUUGAUGCUCUCGGAGUCCUCAGCCUUCGAUCCAACAACCUCAGUGGGAAUCUUCCUUCUGAUAUCCCCUCCAUUCCUUCUCUCCGCCGCUUGUUCCUCCAAUACAACAACUUCUCCAGUGUCUUCCCUGCCUCUCUUUCCCCCCGGCUGAAUGCAUUGGAUUUUUCCUACAACUCGUUCACUGGAAUCAUUCCAACUACGCUUCAGAAUCUGACACGACUCGCUAUUCUGAACCUCCAAAACAACUCCAUAUCUGGAGUCAUCCCCUAUCUCAAUCUCCCAAGUCUCAAAGUCUUAAAUUUCAGCUACAACAACUUGACUGGCUCAAUUCCAAAUUCCCUCAAAAGAUUUCCUUCUUCUUCAUUUAUUGGGAAUCCAUUUUUAUGUGGUUCGCCUCUAAAGCUUUGCUCUGCAGUCUCCUCUUCACCUUCUCCUUCUCCAUCUUCCUUUCCAAACCCACCAACAGUUUCUCAAAGUAGACAUGCUUCUUCGAAAAACAAGCUAGGUGCUGGUUCUAUCAUUGCCAUAGUGAUUGGGGGCUUAGCAUUUCUGUUUCUACUGCUAGUAGUGGUCGUUAUACACUGUUUGAAGAGGAAAGACAGUGGGGGCAGUGGAAUGCUGAAGAAAAAAAUCUCUGGAGGUGGAAAGAGUGAGAAGCCUAAUGAUUUUGGAAGUGGGGUGCAGGAAGCUGAAAAGAACAAAUUGUUCUUCUUUGAAGGAUGCUCUUACAACUUUGAUCUUGAGGAUUUGUUGAAAGCUUCAGCUGAAGUUCUUGGUAAGGGCAGUUAUGGAACGACAUAUAAAGCUGCUUUGGAGGAGGGGACACAAGUGGUAGUGAAAAGAUUGAAGGAAGUUGCAGUUGGGAAAAGGGAGUUUGAGCAGCAAAUGGAAGUUCUUGACAGGGUCGGACGACAUCCCAAUGUUAUGCCACUCCGUGCUUAUUACUAUUCAAAGGAUGAGAAGCUGCUAGUCUACAGCUACAUGCCAGCCGGCAGCUUGUUCUCACUCUUGCAUGGAAACCGGAGUGCAGGGAGAACUCCACUGGACUGGGAUUCAAGAAUGAAGAUUGCCCUUGGAACUGCUAGAGGAAUUGCACACAUUCAUACCGAGGGUGGUGGUAAAUGCACCCAUGGCAACAUCAAGUCCUCCAACAUCCUCCUCAGUGAUGAACUAGAGGGUUGUGUCUCUGAUGUUGGCCUGGCACCUCUAAUGAAUGCCCCUGUAACCAUGUCACGGAUCAUGGGAUACCGUGCUCCGGAGGUGAUUCAAACACGCAAAGUAACUCAAAAGUCUGAUGUUUACAGCUUUGGUGUGCUCCUCCUGGAAAUGCUGACUGCCAAAGCUCCCCUCCAGCCUUCAGGGCAUGAUGAGGUGGUUGAUCUUCCAAGAUGGGUCCGUUCUGUUGUGCGGGAGGAAUGGACUGCUGAAGUCUUUGAUGUGGAGCUGUUGAGGUUCCAACAUUUCCAAGAGGAGAUGGUACAGAUGCUUCAGAUUGCACUAGCAUGUGUGGCAAAAACAACAGAAACGCGUCCGAAAAUGGAUGAAAUUGUUAGAAUGAUAGAGGACAUUCGACAACCUGAAUCCAAGAACCGGACAUCCUCAGAGGCAGAAUCAAACAUCCAAACACCAUGAUUUGCAGCAAACCUUGUGCUCUUUGUACUUAAAUGUUCAAUUCUUUAGUCCUGCAUAAGGUUGUUGGACUAACAACCUUUGGGAGAAUAAGCUUCUUUUUCCUCAUUUGCUUGGAAAUAACUAUUUCCAAAUUGCCAUGAAUUUCUUACAAGCUUUAA